UUAAUCAAAACGCGCUCCAUUAGAUUCGCAGACAGCGACUGACGAUUCUUUAUCUUCUUUGCAUUUGCUAUAUUCUCUAUAUAUUUAUUCUUCUUAAAACCCUUUUACAAAGAAAAAAAACCCAAAAUUAGUGCAAAAAUUGAGAAUUAAUGGCAACUCUAGGAGGACUUCGUGAGGCAGGAGGAUCUGAGAACAGUCUUGAGAUCAAUGAUCUUGCUCGCUUUGCUGUUGAUGAACACAAUAAGAAACAGAAUGCACUUCUGGAGUUCGGAAAGGUUGUUAAUGUGAAGGAACAAGUGGUUGCUGGAACCAUGUACUACAUAACACUGGAGGCAACUGAAGGUGGUAAGAAGAAAGCAUACGAAGCCAAGGUCUGGGUGAAGCCGUGGCAGAACUUCAAGCAAGUUGAAGACUUCAAGCUUAUUGGGGAUGCCGCUAGUGCUUAACAAGUGCUAAAUGAAUGCAUCUUAUGCUUGUGAAAAUAAAAGUAACAUAGUUUCGCUUGCGAGUAUUUGAAUAUCGUAACAUAAGCUUUUAACUAUGUCGUAGUUUUAAGUUACAGUCCCUGUAACAUUAAUGUUCCAUAUUUCAUAUUAUAUGGUCCUCCAUAUGAUAGUUCUAUGCUAUAUCUUGUAUAUGUACUGCUUUUCUAUUGCUAAUAUAUCUGAGAAGCAUAAGCAAUUGCCAGUGGUU